GCCCAGGACACCCCCCCCGAACGGCUCUGAGGCUCGCCCCAACCAUGUCCUUCGCCAUGCUGCGCUCGGCGCCCAGCCGCUACCUGUACCCCGAGAUCAGCAUGCUGUCCGAGGACGAGGAGAACGGCAGCGAGAGCUCGGGCUCGGACGAGAAGCCCUUCCACCUGGACGCCGAGGGCUACGCGCUGAAGGCGGGCAAGAGGCGCGGGGCCAAGAAGGCGGCGGCGGCGGCGGCGGCGAGGCUGUCGCGGGAGCCCCGGCAGCGGCACACGGCGAACGCGCGGGAGCGCGACCGCACCAACAGCGUCAACACCGCCUUCACCGCGCUGCGCACCCUCAUCCCCACCGAGCCGGCCGACAGGAAGCUCUCCAAGAUCGAGACCCUGCGCCUGGCCUCCAGCUACAUCUCCCACCUGGGCAACGUGCUGCUGGUGGGCGAGGCGUGCGGCGACGGGCAGCCGUGCCACACCACGCCCGCCUUCUUCCCGCACGCCGGAGGAGGUGGUGGAGGUGGAGGUGGUGGUGGCAGCCCCCCGGCGCGGGACCCCGACAGCUCCCAGCCCAAACAGAUCUGCACUUUCUGCCUCAGCAACCAGAGGAAGCUGGGUCGGGAACAGCGGCGGGUUCCAGCCCAUCCAUCCCCAUCCCACAGCUCUGCUUCUCCCCCACGUGCAGGGAUGAGACCCCUGCUCUGCUGGGAGGUGUCCCUGCCCACG